AUGGGACUACAUGUGAUUGACACUGCUAUAGGUGCAGAUUUCAUGUGCACAAUUGAGUCAUUUCAAGUCGAGUCGAAGUUGAGAGAGACCACAUACAGGCUUGAACAGCAACUGGCAGAAGAGCAAGCUGCUCGAUUGAAGGCUGAAGAGUUUGCUCAAGAAGCUCAAAGGAAGUCAAAUGAUGAAAUUCGUAAGCUGAGAGAGAACCUAGAGAGAGCUCAGAGAGAGACUGAGGAGGUUCGAAAGCGAGCCGAAAGUGGUAGGUGUGCUAUUUUAUGA